UGUACCCAUCCAAAGACAUCUCUUAGCGAGUGAAAAGAGUGGCGGGUUAUGCCGCAUCAGGCGGUGAUCACCAGUUAUAUUGUUAUGUUGCAUACAAGUAAUCAAAUUUGAAUUGGCGCAUUCUCCAACGAAAAUGGCCAAUCAUUCCAACCCUGUUACGAAGAACGACCCUGGGUUGGAAUGCAUGCCCCAAGAGUUUGGAGCUUUCGUCAAUCUGGUUCAUGAUGCCCUCAAGGAGUUUCGACCUCCCAGUGGGUCGAUCUUGCAACUCCUCAUGCAAAACCUCCAGGGAUUCGAUGCCUGGAGGAAGGGCACGAGGUCAGACAUUCACCUGUGCCCAUUCGCAUCGCCCCCAACAUUCAAACGGAAAAUAGCCAGAGACAUCUUCCCCUUGAUUACCUCCUCUAUUCUCGUAGUUCGCGCCCAUUGGGCGAUGGACCAGCACUCCCCGGGCGCGGCAACAGACCUCAUGCCACUGGACAUUUCUCCGCACCAUCAUGGGGACAGGCGGACAGUCCCGUACUGGUCGAGCAAGAUACCAGAACGCCUGGUUGCAUUACAAACCACGUCCCAGCGGCUCCGUAUGAUGAGUCACAUCUACUAUUGUGCCGCCGCUCUGAAGCAGAUGAGCGAGUUAGGACCCGAGGAGUUUUUUGCUUUACAUCAUAGGAGCAGUGUCUGCACGCUUCCAAUGAACGUUACUCCUUUGCCAGCCCCUUCAUUAUGACACUCCUAAUAUCGCCACUUGUCCUACUCUUCGAUACCACUCUCACCAGCCCAUCAAUUCUCCCUUCCAUCACCGCCAUG